GGUUGAACGUAAGCAUAAAGAGACACCCUGUAUCCUAUCUUUCCACGUCAACUUGUUGUUUACUAAUCAUAAAUUCAUAACCUUUAAAAAAUUAAGAAUGGAUAUCGGUGCGUUCUCUGAAGACGAUUUUAACACAAAAGAAUGGAUAAACAAUAUUUUGAAAUCUUUGGAGCAAAAGGACAAGAAAGAGAAUCACACAAUGUCCUUAGUUAUGAAACUCCAGCUUUACGUGCAACAAGUGAAUGCUGCAUUAGAACAAACGAGCCAACAAGUUUUGGUAUCGCUGCCAAAGAUUAUGCGAGACACCGAAAAUUUACAGCAAGAAGCUGCGUCACUAAAAGAGAAGUUAAAUAUUGUUAAGGACGAAAUUAUUAAAAUCGAAAGCGAUACAGGGCAGUCGUUGCAAACUUUGGAAAACUUGGAUACAAUAAAAACACAGCUAACUGAAGCUAAACAAGGUUUACAUGAAAGUGACAAUUGGACUGUGCUUGCAAAUGAUCUGGAGGAAGUGUUUGACUCGAGGGAUGUUAACACAAUCGCUACAAAAUUACUUGGAAUGCAACAGUCACUUAAGUUGUUAAUAAAUGUUGCAGAUUACGAAGAUAGGAAAAUGCAGCUUGAAGGUCUGAAAAACAGGCUGGAAGCGAUUGCCAGUCCUGCAGUUGUGUUAGCAUUUACCUCAAAUAAUGUCGAGGAAUCUUUAAUGUAUGUUCAUAUAUUUAGUUCCAUUGAGAGGCUUUCUCAAUUACUUAAAUAUUAUCAUAAAUGCCAAAAGGACAUACUACUUAAAAAAUGGAGAAACCAACUGGAAAUAGAACAAGAUGAGUCGAUCACUCAGUGGUUACAUAAUUAUUAUGAUAUCCUAUUGUCAAAUUGGCAUACACAAAGUAAAUGGAUUAGUCGAGUUUUUCCAAAUGAGUCCAGUACAGAUUGUCUAAUCGACAUCUACGUGGAUGUUUUAACUAGCCUGGAUCCGACUGUAAAAGAGUGUGUUGAUGCUGCUCUCAAACAAGUGAGCGAUAAAUUAGGUCUUCUGUAUGAAGUCAAGCAAAUUACCAAACAAUUUGCCACUAAUAUUAGUAACAUUGUUGAUAAAACUUGUAAAGAAAAACUGCUGCCAUUGUUACAAGCCAUUUACGAUCCACUAAUCAGUUACAUUUCGAAGUACGCAGCGUACGAGCAGGCCAGUCUUAUGCAAAAACUGUCGUCAGUUAAAUGCAUUAAAGAUGAACUUCCCGACACUAUUCAAGCGUUGGGGUUGUCCGUCUCCACAAUUACAGAUGCUGCACAGGACGCAAAGACUAGGUGCAAGAAUAUCACUGAAAAUUGCGGAUAUUGUGGGCUUUUAAUUGCGCUGAGAGCAUUUUUCUUAAACUAUAGCGACCAGUAUAAGAUUACGCUGAGGCAAAUAGAAAGAAGUAGGGGAACAAAAGAAGAUUGGAAUCUAUUUCAGUUAUGUUUAUCUUUACUUCAGAACACUGGUGACGUGUUGCUGCAUUUGCAAAAGUUUGAAAAGGAAUUAACUUCUACGAUAUUGGAAUUAAAUGAGAGCGACAGUGGGAUUGAAUAUAAGCAUUUAUUAUUGGAUUCAUCCGAAAGGAGAGAAUAUGAGGCGUUGGUGAAGUGUGUGAUGGAAGGCACCGAAUUAGCUUUGUUGGAUCAUGUUACAGUGGAGUUUGGCAAAUUGUGCAUCGAUAUUCAUCAUGCUAUGUAUGAAGUCGUUUUUGCGCCGAUAUCUGUACAUUUGCAAGUUUUGCAACUUCCAAAGACUUGGUCACAUAUACAGGAAUCUUUUUCAGGCAAUUUAGAUCUUCCCGAUUAUAGUUUCUCCCCUCAAGAAUACAUCACACAGAUUGGCCAGUAUCUCAUGACCUUACCCCAACAUUUGGAACCUUUUUUAUUUAGAGAAAAUCCAGCAUUGUCCUGUGCUUUGAGGGCAGCUGACGAAGAAUACAAUAACGCAGAUAGUGUAGAGGGUGCACUAGCAGAUGUUUUGCUUAGCAUUAUUGCAAAAGGAUUGUGUCAAGCAUACUGUGAUCAAAUUUUGAGUAUAUGCGAGUUGAAUAAUAUAGCCAGCCGACAGCUAGCGCAUGAUAUUGGUUAUUUAGCCAAUGUCUUGGAAGAUUUAGGACUCCAUUUGUCAGAUACCUUAAAACAGUUGAUCACUUUGCUGAAGCUACCUGCAGAUCAGUAUCAGACUCAAAGUUCUGGAUAUUCCGCAAGAUAUGUCGCUGCAAUUAGACAAAUAAGGAACAUUACGUCAAUAGAUAAACAUGCAAAAGGGCAUACAUAAAAUAUUAAAAAAUGUAGCAUUAUGAGUUGCAUUCAAUAUAAAUAGAAUUUUUCUAAAAUUA